GCUUGCUCUAUUGUGUGAUAUGGACACAAAUGUGUGUUACAUGGAGGGGUAAACAUAAUACAGAGGAAGAAGACAAGCCCAGAGACACUGGAGUAAAAGUUCUGGAGCUUUCCUCUCAGACGAGCUUUCUUGGUAAAAGCUCUAGGCCGGGGAGUUCGGAAGCAGUUCAGUUGACACUCUGGUGAGUUUUUACGAUUGUGCCUUUAAAUGAAGAGGAUUUUGUCUGUUACUGUAAAAUACAGGGGCUCUGCAUGGGUUACCAGGGCACACUGGUAUAUUGUGCAUCCUGUACAAGUGUGUUACCAAAUGUUGAUGAAUUUGUAAGAUUAGGGUUUGCUCUGAGAGUCAGAGGGAAGUUCAAGAGGAGUGGGUGUGACACGGAAUGUAGAGGGGACAGAGAAGAGAAUUACAUAAGCAACACCAGGAAGGCUGGAGUCUUUCCUGGAACUGACUCUACUCCUACAGUCAGAUGUGCUGAGGGCCAGGUAACGAAUGGAGGCUCAGCAACAUGUGCUUUCACAAACCCUGAAACACUGUCCUACUAGGAGUAGACAAAAGCUGACUUUCAGUGUCACUUUAGGACUUUUAAUUUCUUCAAGAGUGCCUCUAAAAAUCACAGUAUUCAAAAGGUGCCUGUACACACAGGCAUACGAAGUUUGCUGGUCACAGUGCACUGCAAACAGAAGGCAUUUCCUCGUCCCUUCUGCUUAUCGCAACUACCAGACUUUCACGCCACACACCUCAAGAGAAUCUCAUCGGUUUCUUUUUUAUCUAAGCCCUGUAACAUGUGGGCUCAUUAAAAUCUGAGAAUUUUAUUAACUCUGUGAUGGUUUAUCCCCAUUCUUUUUAAAUCUUCCUUUCAUAAGCAGGAUUAUGAGGUUCUUGAUGAAUUUUUAAUAUUGUCAUGAAAAUCCUCCUCAGGCGUGUUUCUCCAGCAGAAAACACAACUCUAAGAGUUUUAUUCAAAUGAACUCAAUCAUGAAGUGGGCAGGCACCACACUAGCUCAGCUCAGCACACUCCAGAGUCCAGUUCUCUCCAACUAGCAUUCCUUAUUCAUUUGUAAUAGAAGGAAGGACCACUAGAGGGAGCUAGGGUUUAAGGAAUCCAUCUGGUAGCUUUAUCUUCUGGAAAAGAUGGAGCAGCGCUUCCAUUUCAAAGCCUAUGCCAGCCUUGUUGAACUGUUCACUGCAGGAAGUCAUCUGCUUACUGGAUGUCCAGGCAAGUGGUCAGAGGGUGGUACUGUAUUUUUAGUGGCCCAGUCUGUUAGUCACACCCACGAUGACUGUCUGACCUUGGUAUAGCACUUCAAAUGCAGAGUGCUGUCCCCUACAGGACCUCCUUCGAUGUUCACAGCGACUGAGACCCUGCUGGGAAGGUGCUCCUUUCUGUUUCUGAGACCAACAAACUGAGACAGGGUGUCUUUGCAGCACACUAGGAGGUGUCAGGACGGUAGACUCAGACAAGCGAGGCUCCAGGGUCAGUUGCACUUUUGUGUUGACAGGUGAUCCGUGUCAUCCUUUCUGCGGGGCAGGGGCUUCGUCUCUCGCCACACGCACUCACAUGGUAGCAAAAGGACAGAUGUGAAGAUUCCAGAACAAAGGAGGAAGGUCGUGGCUCCUGUCUGAAAGCUGUAGGCGGCUAGGAUCUCUUCUAGGACCAGGCGCGGAGGGCAGCGCUGGUUCCUCAGAGCCGCCCUCGUUCUCCACGCCAAGGCUGGGCCUUGCCUGUAUGACUGCUCCCGGAUGCGCUUCGGGAAGCUGCCCUAAACACCCACCUCGGAGGCCAGUCCUUGGCUUUGACGUUUGUCAGCCAGUUCAUUCCUGUUCCUAACGCUACACGCUAGGCAUGAGAUGGUAUUCAAGUACUUGCUGGGUAGAGUGGACACAUUGUGCCGAAGGUUGUUUUACCCAGGGUCCCUCCUCUGGAGCAGAGCCUGCCAGUCACUCUGCAAGUCUGCCCUCCAACAACUUCAUCGAUCACGGGUAAAGCACCAGUACCUGGCACUGAUCAGCUUGCAAGCCCUGGGGCGGUGCAGGCCGGUGUUCCAGAGGUCUGGGCGAGUUCAAGCGGCGCGUAGGAAGAGUGUCCAAUCCCAGGGCCCUUGCGGGGGUGCAUUCACGGAGCGCCGCUCCCGCAAGCACGGCGCGUACUAGACACAGGUCGGGCUGUGCCCGAGGGUGCCGCUGCCGCGCCAGCCUCGCUCCAGCGGAGCCGGGAGUCCCGCUUUGUCUCCCCGGCCCGCGGUGGGGGCGCCCGGUAGGGGGAGCCUCAAGCCUGCACUCGCGUCUCCCCGCCCACCCGCAGGCUGCGGGCGGCUGGAGGAGGGCGCAAGGCGCACGGCAACGGCCGGCGCGGCGGGGUGCAUGGCGUGCUGCGAGGCGGGAUCGCGCGCGGGCCCCGCGCCCAGCUGCCUGCGGCGGUGAGAGCCGCCGCGAGGAUGACCAUGGCCGGCGGCCGGAGGGGACUGGUGGCCCCGCAGAACACGUUUCUGGAGAACAUUGUCCGGCGGUCCAAUGAUACUAACUUUGUGCUGGGGAAUGCCCAGAUAGUGGACUGGCCUAUCGUCUACAGCAAUGAUGGAUUUUGCAAGCUGUCUGGCUACCACAGGGCAGAAGUGAUGCAAAAAAGCAGCACCUGCAGUUUUAUGUAUGGGGAGCUGACUGAUAAAGACACAAUUGAAAAGGUGCGGCAAACCUUUGAGAACUAUGAGAUGAAUUCCUUUGAAAUUCUGAUGUACAAGAAGAACAGGACACCUGUGUGGUUCUUUGUGAAAAUUGCUCCAAUUCGAAAUGAACAGGAUAAAGUGGUUUUAUUUCUCUGCACUUUCAGUGAUAUAACUGCUUUCAAACAGCCAAUUGAAGAUGAUUCAUGUAAAGGCUGGGGAAAGUUUGCUCGACUGACCAGAGCACUGACGAGCAGCAGGGGUGUUUUGCAGCAGCUGGCUCCCAGCGUGCAGAAGGGUGAGAAUGUCCACAAGCACUCCCGCCUGGCAGAGGUCCUGCAGCUGGGCUCAGACAUCCUUCCCCAGUACAAGCAAGAGGCACCAAAGACUCCCCCUCACAUCAUCUUACACUAUUGUGUUUUUAAGACCACGUGGGAUUGGAUCAUCUUGAUCUUGACUUUCUACACAGCCAUCUUGGUCCCUUACAAUGUCUCCUUUAAAACCAGGCAGAACAAUGUGGCCUGGCUGGUUGUGGAUAGCAUCGUGGAUGUCAUCUUUUUGGUGGACAUUGUGCUGAAUUUUCAUACAACCUUUGUCGGACCAGCAGGGGAGGUGAUUUCUGACCCCAAACUUAUCCGCAUGAACUACCUGAAGACAUGGUUUGUGAUUGACCUUCUGUCCUGUUUGCCAUAUGAUGUCAUCAACGCUUUUGAGAACGUGGAUGAGGUUAGUGCCUUUAUGGGUGAUCCAGGGAAGAUUGGUUUUGCUGAUCAGAUUCCACCACCACUGGAGGGGAGAGAGAGUCAGGGCAUCAGCAGCCUGUUCAGCUCUCUGAAAGUUGUCCGGCUGCUCCGUCUUGGGCGAGUGGCCCGUAAACUGGACCACUACAUUGAAUAUGGAGCUGCUGUGCUGGUGCUGCUGGUCUGUGUGUUUGGGCUGGCUGCACACUGGAUGGCCUGCAUCUGGUACAGUAUUGGGGACUAUGAGAUCUUCGAUGAGGACACCAAGACGAUCCGCAACAACAGCUGGCUGUACCAGCUGGCGAUGGACAUUGGCACUCCUUACCAGUUUAAUGGGUCUGGCUCAGGAAAGUGGGAAGGUGGUCCCAGCAAGAACUCAGUCUACAUCUCCUCGUUGUAUUUUACCAUGACCAGCCUCACCAGUGUGGGCUUUGGGAACAUUGCCCCGUCCACAGACAUCGAGAAGAUCUUCGCAGUAGCUAUCAUGAUGAUUGGCUCGCUUCUAUAUGCCACCAUCUUUGGGAAUGUGACGACCAUUUUCCAACAGAUGUACGCCAACACCAACAGGUACCAUGAGAUGCUCAACAGCGUUCGUGACUUUCUGAAGCUCUACCAGGUACCCAAAGGCCUGAGUGAGAGGGUCAUGGACUACAUCGUGUCCACCUGGUCCAUGUCCAGAGGCAUCGACACAGAGAAGGUUCUACAGAUCUGUCCCAAGGACAUGAGAGCUGACAUCUGUGUGCACCUGAACCGCAAGGUGUUCAAGGAGCACCCAGCCUUCCGGCUGGCCAGUGAUGGCUGCCUGCGGGCCCUGGCGAUGGAGUUCCAGACUGUGCAUUGUGCCCCAGGGGAUCUCAUCUACCAUGCAGGAGAGAGUGUUGACAGCCUCUGCUUCGUGGUCUCAGGCUCCUUGGAGGUGAUCCAAGAUGAUGAGGUAGUGGCCAUCCUAGGGAAAGGCGAUGUGUUUGGAGAUGUGUUCUGGAAGGAAGCCACCCUUGCCCAGUCCUGUGCCAACGUUAGGGCCUUGACCUACUGUGACCUGCAUGUGAUCAAACGGGAUGCCCUGCAGAAAGUGCUGGAGUUCUACACCGCCUUCUCCCACUCCUUCUCCAGGAACCUGAUUCUCACCUACAACUUGAGGAAGAGGAUUGUGUUUCGGAAGAUCAGCGACGUGAAGCGGGAAGAGGAAGAGCGCAUGAAGCGGAAGAACGAGGCGCCCCUGAUCUUACCCCCUGACCACCCAGUCAGACGACUCUUCCAGAGGUUCCGGCAGCAAAAGGAGGCCAGGCUGGCGGCAGAGAGGGGCGGCCGGGACCUGGAUGACCUGGAUGUGGAGAAGGGCAGUGCCCUCACCGAGCACAGUGCCACCAACCACAGCCUCAUGAAGGCCAGCGUGGUCACGGUCCGGGAGAGCCCUGCCACACCCGUGGCCUUACAGGUGGCCUCUGCCUCCACAGUGUCAGACCAUGCCAAGCUGCAUGCACCUGGCUCUGAGUGCCUGGCCCCAAAGGGUGGCGGGGGUGACUGUGCCAAGCGCAAAGGCUGGGCCCGCUUCAAGGACGCUUGCGGAAAGGGCGAGGACUGGAACAAGGUAUCCAAGGCUGAGUCCAUGGAGACACUGCCAGAGAGGACCAAGGCAGCAGGUGAGGCCACACUGAAGAAGACAGACUCCUGUGACAGCGGCAUCACCAAGAGCGACCUGCGCCUGGACAACGUGGGUGAGGCCAGGAGUCCCCAAGACCGCAGCCCCAUCUUGGCGGAGGUGAAGCAUUCUUUCUACCCCAUCCCAGAGCAGACGCUGCAGGCCACCGUCCUGGAGGUGAAGCACGAGCUGAAGGAGGACAUCAAGGCCUUGAACGCCAAGAUGGCCAGCAUUGAGAACCAGCUCGCGGAGAUACUCAGGAUAUUAACUGCCAGAAGAUCCUCUCAGUCUCCUCAGGAGCUAUUUGAAAUAUCGGGGCCUCAAUCCCCAGAAUCAGACAGAGACAUUUUUGGAACCAGUUGAGAGGUUUGUUUUUAAAAAGAGUCAAGAAAAGUCUGCACCCCGCCCCUUACACCACCUGCGCACACCCGCCCAUGCCACCAGUCGUGUCCAGAGUCAGCUCUUCCGAUGGAAAGACAGCGCGGCCUAGGCGAGUGCGCCUCAGAAUGAAGGUGGGAGGCGCCACACCACCUGCCAGACUGCAGCUGUGUUUGAACCCCCUUUGCACAAUUCUGCAGGAAGGGCGUGCUGUCCAAAGGGUGUUUUCCUUCAUUUUAAAUUUUGUACUACCACACUAUUUAUAAAGGUUAAAACUACCAGGAAGAGCAGUGGCUGUCGGACCGGUAAGAAAGUGCUGCACACCCUUUGUGUGUAUACUAUGCUGGACUCCUUGCCGAGGCCCCAAAAGACCACCAUGGGGGAAGAGACUCUCAGCAUUCCUCACCCUUGUACAGCUCACCUUGGCUUCACCAUCUAUUUCUCUACAGUUGCCAUUUGUAAUGAGCUCGGGACAAGGGAAGCUUGAGCCUCGGGGAGAGGAGAGCCCUUCAGCUGUCACUGGGAGUGAAGGCAGACAGCAGGUGCUGUGUGCCCCGCACCCCAGGCGUGUGCAGCUGGGAUCCUCAGGUCUCUUUGCCCUGAAGCAGGCAAGGGUAAGGCCUGGAGAGGGCCCUUGGCUCCAGGAGCUCUGCCAGGGGCUCCACAGCCUCCUUCUAUGGGACGCUCCACAGGGAGGCUCUGGGCGGCCCUGUGGCCCCACCCCCACACAGGCUGCCCUGCUUUUCUCCCUCUGACCUCUUCCCAAGUGUUCCCACAGCAUUCCUCAGGGUAUGGGCAUCAGCAGGAAAGGGCAUGAGCCCAGAGUUGCUUUACUCAUACACACACACACACACACACACACACACACACACACAACCUCAGAAAUGAUUGUAGCAAGUGCUGUUUGUAUUCUGAUUCUCAUAGGGAUUGCCCUUCAGAAAUUUGUAUUUUGCCUACUGCAUAGGGUCCGUAGAGGACACUUGGGAGCCACACAUGGCCUUGUUUGAAGCCAGCCUCUCCAUUGCCUACUAAGAAAAGUGGCAGGACCACGACUGUAAUGUCUUCAGGAGGAAAAAGAUGAAGCAGUUUCCAAGCUCUCAAGGAGAUGGAGGGAGCUGGCCGGCGAGCUGCGGCCCAUGCAGGUCUGAGCCCAGAGUCAUGGUCACAGAGCCAUCCCCUCCCAGCAUCGUGAUGCUCAGGGCGUGCACUGCCUCAUCACCUGGGGCCGCCACUGAAGCCUGGACUUCCCAGUGGCAUCAAAAGAAGGAGAGCAGGGAAGUGGACCGUGCCUAGGUGCACACCCUGGGAGAGGUGUUAGGACCCAGUGCUGCCGGCAGGGCUGGAGGUUCCACUCUGCAGUCAUCCUUGAGAGCAUGGAAUUAGGCAUCUAGGGGACAGCAUGGCCUCGUCCAGACUGCUGACCUCUGCCCGUGUGGCGCUGUGGUGACCCUGUCCCCACACCUCUGCCUGGCAUCACUGUGCUAUCAACAUUCUGAAUGCCAGUGUCCUUAGGGAACCAGACAGAGGAAGACCUGCCCCACCAAAGAUUCUGUGUUCCUGAAAGCCUGCUUCCAGGCCUCUCCCUCUUUCGACCCACUUGGUCCUCAGUGGUGCCAAGGUGACGCAGAUGGCCCCAGGAGGCAAAGGGAGUCACACACAGCUUUUUGUGUAAAGCUUAUGGAGGGCCGGUGGCGUCCUCCGGCCGUGACAUUAUUCGAUUUAACCUCAGUUGGCAGCCCACAGGAAGGGAACGUGCCAUUUCCCAAGGCUGAGUCCUGCCUGGUCAUGAAUGUCUCAGAUCCCAUCUGCUGCUGCCCCCUAAGCAUUGCAGUUUGCCAUUCCUCAAGUGUACUUGUUAACUUGCUGCCUAAGUUAGGACCUGCUACUCUUGAGGCAGUCUUGGGUCCCUGAGAACCCCAGCAUCCAACUUCAGAGCACCCUGCCCCAGGGGCUUUUCAUGGGCUCUCGGGACUUGAUGGAGGCCCUACUCAGCCCCCACCUCCCUGCAUGGUGGGGCGCCUUCUGCUUCCUUCCAGCUCUGCCUGAGUCUGUUCAAGAGUCACUAUGGGAUCUGACGGGCAAAGGUGCUGGGGAGCCUCGAAGUCCAGACUCACUCUGGGGAGAGACGAAGCUUCAGGAAAGCACUCAGGAUAAAGCAAAUUAGGCGAAGACUGGAGUCCUGGCCCUGCCCUAGGAACGGCUCACCUCAGCUUGCAGGGCCCACACAUGAUUUCCUGCAGCUGACGGUGAAGAGCACCACAAACGUGGCUGCAUCUGCUUUUCCUUCUCCAUUUAACGAGUUUAAGGAGUUUUUUUUAUAGAGCUGUCUGUGAAAACACAUUUUUUAAGUGAGCUGAUCCUUUUGUCCUUCUCUUUUUAUGACAUGCACUUGGAUGCAGGCUGCUUUGUGCUACCUACCUAGCCUCGCCAGGGUAUGACCCUGGGCACCUGCACAAGGACGCAGCCCUCAGGUACCACGGAUCUGCUCCUUCCGGUAUAAAUCUGGUGGCUGAAAAGAAGUUAGAGAAGGCCACUGAGUAUUAGACUGAACAUCAAGAUAUCAGAAAAGUUCUGUGGUGAGACAGAGAUCUCUGUGCGGUUUUGUCGUCUGUCUUAGAGAUACGUUGCACCUUUUCCCAGUAAGUGCCAGUUACUUGAUCUCCACUAAACUCCUUAUUUUGGACAUGAUUCAGGAAAGCUGCACUUCCCAGCAGAUAUCCUAACAGGCUGUUUGGAAGGGGGGAUGUCCUGCCCCUGCUGCUCGGCUGCCAAUGGAGCUGCUCUUCCCACGAUGGCUUGAAGGUUGAGUCUAUGAAAUAAGAUAGGCAACAGGGGACUUGUUCUUGGCAGAGGGGCAUUGGCUCCAGCAGGGUGUGGUGCCAUCCCACAGGGCCUCCUGCACUGGGGAUGAUGUGAUGGCCCAAGGGAGGCGGCGGGAGCCACUGGGUAGUUAAGCUGUGGUCUUGCACACAACUAAUGCAGCUGCAUCAUCACAGUAAUGCAGUACCCUGUGAUGCCAAUGAGGGCUAUGGUGUGGCCCGGAUGUUUAAAAGCUGUGCCCACUUUGGCAGCCUUCCAGCCAACUUUCAGAAAUACAUUUCUUGCUUCAAUUUCUUGUUAGAUGAUUCCUGGGGACUGUUUUACUCUAGGCCUCUUGGAGCCUCUGUGCUGCUGCUGGUCACCCAUCAACCCCUUUCUGGAAGCUUUCUUCAGAAGUGGGGCUACCUAGGCAAGGGCCAGAAAGACACUCCAUCACCCUACCCCACCCAGCAGUCUCAAUCUUCCAAGUCAGGUGGGAAGUGAAAGUAUGAAGCCAACCAUCCAAAUUGUUCCAGUUGGUGUGAGAACUAAAAGAACUCCACAAAUACUAGUUAGAGGAAGAUCCUUCUCCCACUGGCGCUGACUCCCACACGUCAUAUGUGCACUCUGGGGCACUUUUAGGAGCUCUGGUGGAGACACACGUUGCUGAUGUGCAUCGGAUUAACAGACUGUACUAUGUUUGCAAUAAAGAUGUUUAGCCUUAAGGCCCCUGAAUGGACUCCAGGUAUGAGGGAGCUGCACCGUUCCUCCCCUCCUCACGGACCGCUGCCUCAUGAGGAGGUCCCUGCAGCCCCUGGGCAGCCUCUCCUGUGCCGCUGAGUCACUGUUGUUGCUUUCUGCACUGCCUUCUCGCUUGUGUAAAGAUGACCUUCACCAGCUCCUGUACCCCCACCUGGAGACCUCACAGUCCUUUCAGCAUCCACUGCAAGCAUCGGAGAAAGGACCCUUCCUCGCCACAGGCACUGGGAGUGAAAACUGGCGGCUUCCACUCCCCACAGUUCAAAAGAAUCAAUGUGAAUUUACCUGCAGCUUAAAUUAGUUUCAAGUGAAGAGCCAUUCUCAUGCAAGCAGAUCAGACGAUUCUGGAACCUAUAACACUGGACUUGAAUACCCUGCAAGUGCCAGGCCUGGCGGUGCCCUCUCUACCUGCCAUCAAUUUUUCUUAGAGCCACUCUCUCUUCACCUGACUUCUGAGUCAUCCAACGGACCCAUUGGCUGUUCAGUGAGAAGCUCACAGCUCUUGUAUCAGGAGAUGAACUGCAUUUAAGUCAAGGAUGUGAUGCCACUGCUGAAUAUAUUCUCUUAACAGUCAGACCCUGUAUCUGUGCAUCUGUCGCAGAUGGUCCACAUCCAGCAUUUCAUUGCGAGGAACUUCUGCCCACGAGCAGUUCAGAAGGGCCUUCUCCUUCUACAGUCUUUCCAUGAAGUCCUGCCAAACCCUUUCUUGAGUUUCCCUUUUUCCUUUGCACCCACCACUCUUUCCAAAUGAGCAUGAAUAAACCCAAGGGCAGAUUUCUGUGGUCAGUGGAGGCUGCUGACAGGAACUUCACUGUAGGUCUGUGGCUGGGGAUCUGAAGAGGACCCCGAGGCCCCUCCAUCAAUGAUACUCCCAACAUUUUUAAACAAGCACAAAAGAUAUUUGUAAAAAAAAGAGUUUAUUUAUUAUGGUAAUAAACUAUUUUAUACAUGA